UUACGACGCAUGUCAACAUUGAAAAAAUCAAUAUUUAAAUUUGAAAUACAAUGGGUAGGUAAAACAAAAAUGGUGUGACUUCCAAAUAAAUACUAGAAAUAUUUCGCGAUAAUUCAAAAGAUGAAGCUAAACACUACAAGAUACACGGUUAUUUUAACCAUUCAAACAAUUCUUAUACUUUUUGAUUGGUGCAUAAACAUAUUUUCGAUGUUUAACAGGGGUAGUAAUGCUAAAAUGCUAGUUAUGUUUAUAGCUCAAGAUGCCUGCCUAAUUUUAGCAUUAUCAAUAUUGUUGUUAACGUUUUUCUCGACAUAUGUCUUCCAGACUGGACUCGUGUAUUUACUUUAUGAAAGAUUUCGUGCUACUUUAUUGGUUUGCAUGAUAUACUUUAUCCUUACUACCGUGGUUAAUGUCUGGUUACUGAUACAGCGAUGGAGUAACGCAAGGCAAUCUUGGAAUAGCAUAUUUCUUCUCAUUUUUAUGGGUCAAAGAUUUAUGUCAGCGAUCUAUUAUUACUACUACAAGAGGGCUGCGUUAAGAAUAAGUGAUCCCAGAUUUUAUGAAGAUAUGGAUCUAGAAGAGAAAAGUAUUAAUUCUGUACAUAACUAAUACAUAUUUUUAUGCUCAAGGAUAAUUUAAAAAUAUUUAAGUCUAUGCUAAGUAUAUUGCUUUAAUCUUGUACUACUUAAUAUAGACCUGUAAUUUUUCUUAUAUGUGAUAAAUUAAAAUAUAGUUUUAACGUCGAAUCAAAAUUGUUAAUCUUUAAAAUGAUAUGUUCAUUUGAUUUAUA